GAGAUGGCGGGGCGGCUCCAGACGCGACGCGACAUGAGCUUGUACUCGAACACCAAGACGGUGAGUCUGCACCGUCUGCAGCUCAAGGGCAUCGCGCAGACGACCAACACCCACCCGCGGCCGCACAUGCACGUGGCCCUCGACAUUGGCAAGCCCGGCAAGUCGAUGGGCCAGUGCGUCAUCUCGCUCUCCCAAGCGUACGCGCACCACGGGUCGAGCGUUCCGUUUGGUGCGACGCUGGCGGUCGGUGGUCGGCGCACGGGUGACAUCACCGGCCUCGUCACACUCCGCAUCCGCUAG